AUGCUGGUAACUGGAAAACACAUUUCUGUAGUUCAUACUAUCACGAUGAUGAUUAUCAUGACUGAUCAUCUUGUCAGUAUGGCUGACAAAAACAUCCCAGAUAGGAAACAGACAGUCAGAAAGCCUGAACAAAUACAUUUAUCUAUGGGCUCACGAAUCAAUGAUUUCUAUGUCAUGUGGGCAACUAAGACUGACGAAGACUGUUAUGUGGAGUAUGGAACAGGUUCAGAGACAUUCACAAAAGCUAACAGUAAAAAGAUAGAACUCACAGAGCAGAGUGACAAGGCAGCUAAGUUUGUGCACAGAGCCGAACUGUUGAACCUCAGCCCUGGUACUCGUUAUUCGUAUCUUUUUGUCUGUUCUUUGUCCGGAACACGAACAGAAAAGUUCACAUUUGAUGUACCUCAUAGUGAUCCCCAAAAGCAGCAUCGGUUCGUGGUACUGGCUGAUGUGGGGCUGUUGACAAAAUCUCUUCAGUUCAUGGUUCAUGAAGUACUAAAUGGAGGAUAUGAAGCUGUCUUUCAUAUUGGGGACAUUGCCUACAAUCUGGAUACCCAAGGGGGAAGUGUUGGGGAUGAGUAUAUGAACAAGAUCAGUAACUUCACAACUCGAGUACCUUACAUGACAACCCCUGGGGAUCAUGAGAGAUUUUCAGACUUUUAUCAUUAUCGCUACAGGUUUUCCAUGCCGAAUUCACCAUGGCCAAUGAGAGAGGACAGCCUGUGGUACAGCAUUGAUAUUGGACACACUCACUUCAUCAGCAUAAACACUGAGCUGCUUCCACCGUCACGCCUCAAUCUACUUCAGUUCACAUGGCUGAAAAGUGAUUUAAUAAAUGCCAACCGAAACAGGAAGGCAACUCCAUGGAUCAUUGUCAUGGGCCACAAGCCACUAUACUGUACCAAAUCUGUCAUGCAGCAAGAAUGUGAUCAAGAUCGUUACCCUUUGAGGGAGCAGCUAGAGGACUUAUUCUUUGAGCAGGGAGUAGACCUUUACAUGAGUGGACACAAACACUGCUACGAGAGGUCAUGGCCAAUGUAUCUAGGCCGGGUGUUUCAAACUGACACCAUUAACCCCACGGCUCCCAUACACAUAAUUACUGGUGCCACAGGCUAUGAGUAUUUGGUGGAUAAACAGUACAGCCGCCCUUUCUGGCUGGCGUUUGCAGCUUCAGACGGAGACAAAGAACUCUAUGCCCGGCUGACUGUAUUGAAUGAAACUCAUCUCAUUUGGUCUGUACAUGCUGUUCUUACAAAUGAAAAAGUUGAGGACCUUUUAGUGAUUCAGAAGCAUCAUGGAUCCUUUGGAAAGGCCGGUCCUUCUGCUUUUUCAAAUAUCCAUGUGGAGGCAAAUAAAAGGGAUCAUCUUCCUCCAGAGCCCUUUUAUUUAGUUGAUGUUCAAACUGAGAACCAGUUCCGAAGAAUUGUAUUAUAUUCUAUUGUUGUUAUUUUGUCGUUUAUUCUGUUUGCAUUCUUGCGCAAUACAAAUGUUAGGAAAAGACUGAGAUUAAGAUGGUGA